AUGACCUGACUGAUUAGUGACACUUUCUUUUCCACAGACAUGGAUGCAGACAAUGAGACUAUGGUGGCAGAAUUCCUCCUCCUGGGACUCUCUGGAAAGUCAGAGCAGGAAGAGAUUGUUUUUGGAAUGUUCUUGAGUAUGUACUUGGUCACCAUCUCUGGGAACCUUCUCAUCAUCCUGGCCAUCAGCUGUGACCCUCAUCUCCACACACCCAUGUACUUCUUCUUGGCCAACCUCUCCAGUGUUGACAUCUGCUUCUCCUCAGUCACUGUCCCCAAGGCUCUGGUGAACCACGUGUUGGGAAGCAAGACCAUCUCCUACACAGAGUGUAUGAUUCAGAUCUAUUUCUUCAUCACAUUCAUCAACAUGGAUGGCUUCCUCCUGAGUGUGAUGGCCUAUGACCGCUAUGUGGCCAUCUGUCACCCACUCCACUACACCAUGAUGAUGAGACCCAGAUUGUGUGUCCUCCUGGUGGCCAUAUCAUGGGUCAUCACAAACCUGCAUGCUCUCUUGCAUACUCUCCUCAUGGUUCGACUCACCUUCUGUUCCCACAAUGCAGUGCACCACUUCUUCUGUGACCCUUACCCUAUCCUGAAGCUCUCUUGUUCUGACACCUUCAUCAAUGACCUGAUGGUCUUCACUGUGGGUGGAGUGAUAUUCCUGACACCAUUUUCAUGCAUUGUUGUUUCCUAUGUUUACAUCUUCUCUAAAGUCCUGAAAAUACCCUCUGCCCGUGGGAUAAGGAAAGCUCUGUCCACAUGUGGGUCUCACCUCACUGUGGUCUCCCUCUUCUAUGGAGCUAUUCUAGGUGUCUACAUGCGUCCUUCAUCCUCAUACUCACUGCAGGACACAGUGGCCACCGUCAUCUUUACAGUGGUGACACCAUUGGUCAAUCCUUUUAUCUACAGCCUGAGGAAUCAGGACAUGAAAGGAGCCCUAAGGAAGAUAAUUCUCAGAUCCUAGUACCUGAGAAGACUCCUGGACAUCAUGCAUUUUGUUAUCUUUCUGGAGAAACCAAUGUACAGAUUGGUAUAGAAUUCGUGCAUGACUUUUCCUGUGACUAAUAAUAAAUGCUUGUGGUUGUA